AUGACUGCUUCAUCCUCUUCCUCAUCAACGGCAAUAAAUUCAACCAAUGGCAGUACAAAUGGUGGAGGUUUAGUUGGUCCAUCGUCGGAUGCAUGUAUGGGUAUUGUUCAUUCCUUAAUGUGCCAUCGACAGGGCGGGGAAUCAGAAACAUUUGCUAAACGAGCAAUCGAGAGUCUUGUAAAAAAGUUAAAAGAUAAAAAAGAUGAACUAGAUGCACUCGUAACAGCAAUAACAACAAGUGGUACUCACCCGACUAAAUGUGUAACUAUACAACGAACAUUGGAUGGACGAUUACAAGUAGCAGGACGAAAAGGUUUUCCUCACGUGAUUUAUGCUCGUAUUUGGCGAUGGCCUGAUUUACAUAAAAAUGAAUUGAAACAUCGGAAAUUUUGUCAAUUAGCAUUUGAUUUAAAACAAGAAUAUGUUUGUGUUAAUCCAUAUCAUUACGAUAGAGUUGUAUCACCUGGAAUUGAUCUUGCCGGUUUGCCACUCGUACCACGUUUUCAAUUGCUUGGCCAUGGUCCAUCACACAAUGAUCCGUCUUCAUCAAAUGAUAGAGAUCAUUAUUCAAACCAAGAUGGUUUUCGUUACAUAAAAGAUGAACGAAGUUCACCUCAACCUCAGAGCGUCGUUCAACCUCAAGUACCAGACACAACAAGUCCAAGUCCACCACAUCAGUUUAAUGGAACAAACAUUCAACAUUCAUUUCCACCAGCAUCCAUAAUACAACAAGUUCCAAAUAUUUUGACUCGUCCACCACCUCCACAACCAUCAACUCUGUCAUUAUUAAAUAGUUUUGGUGAAUAUUGGUGCAGUAUAUCUUAUUAUGAACGUGAUAUUCAAGUGGGUGAAACAUUUAAAGUACCAGAUAAUUUUAAAGAAGUAACAAUUGAUGGAGGAAUGGAUAUGGCGACAAUUGGCGAUCGAUUUUGCCUUGGCCCGUUAUCAAAUGUAUACCGAACAGAUGCAAGUGAAAAAGCAAGAUUACAUAUUGGAAAAGGUAUUCGUUUAAAUUGUCGAAGUGAAGGCGAUAUUUGGAUUCGUUGUAACAGUGAACAAGCCAUAUUUUUACAAAGUUUUUAUUUGGAUCGUGAAGCUGGUCGCGCACCGGGAGAUGCUGUCCAUAAAAUAUAUCCGCAAGCACAUAUAAAGGUGUUUGAUCUUCGUCAAUGUCACACGCAAAUGCAACAACAAGUUCAAAUGGCAUUAGCAGAUAGAAACUCUAUGGCUGGUAGAAUGCAGUCACAAGUUUUAUCAACACCGAAUAUCGGUGUCGAUGAUUUACAUCGUUUAUGUGUUCUUCGACUUAGUUUCGUCAAAGGUUGGGGUCCAGAUUAUCCUCGUCAAUCAAUAACAGAAACUCCUUGUUGGGUUGAAAUACAAAUUCAUCGUGCAUUACAAUUUUUAGAUGAUAUGUUUAAUUCAAGGAAUGUUACAACAUUAAAUCAUAGUCUUGCAGCAGCUGUAGCUGCAGCGGCAAAUAGUUCCGUAUCAGCUUCCUCAUCGUCGUCUUCUUCCACAACAACAACGACAAAGGAUCAACAUUAUUCAAUGGAUUCCUAA